AGAGUCAGCUGGGCUAAGGAAGCCAGACAAUUCCAUGGUCUAGAACCAACAGCCCGGCCAGUCCCUCCCCAGAAUGAAGUUUUCUGGAUUUCUGAGCAUCCUCGUGCUGCUUGGCCUGUUUGCAAACAUCCAGGGACUUGGCCUGACUGACUUGCUCUUUCCCAGGAGAUGCCCCCGAUUCCGAGAGCACUGUGAACUCAAAGAAAGGGACCUCUGCUCCAGGGACAGGGAUUGCCAGAGGAAAGAGAAGUGCUGUCUCUUCAACUGCGGAAAGAAAUGUUUAGACCCCCAACAAGAUAUAUGCAGCCUGCCGAAGGACUCUGGCUACUGUUUGGCUUAUUUCCCUCGCUGGUUUUACAAUAAAGAAAACAGCACGUGCCAGCUCUUCAUCUACGGUGGUUGCCAGGGGAACAACAACAACUUCCAAUCCCAAAGCCUAUGCCAGAACGUCUGCCAAAAAACAAGCUCUUCCCCCUGAAGAAAGGACAUGCUGUGAAAACCAUCAGGAUUUGACUUCUGUUCCGAGCUCUGUAUACCUGCUGUCUCCUCCAGAGUGGUUUCUGGUGACUGCUCCAGGCACUCCAAGGCAUUAGGUCCU